GAGAGAGAACCGCCCGCUUUGUUCCACCAAUCACAGCUGAAUAGAGGCUGCUUCCUGUCCUUUCUGGCCCUUCUAAAUGACAGGCCUGGUCUCUCCAAAGGUGAAGUUGCUCUCACGACAAGUCUGUGGUUAAAACGUGGCAUAAGGCUAGCAGUAAGUGCUAUUUUUCUCCCUCUCCUCUCCCAGUGCCUCUGGGUUUUACUAAAGCCCUGGUUCCUCAGUGAAAGGGUGGUACAGAGACACUGAAUGGUACUCCACCGAUGUCGCUGAAAUACACAAAGCUCAAAACAGAGUCCUUUCAAAGUGCCUCUUGGCCUGCGGCGAAUACUGGGAUACAUACAAGACAUCAAACAAGAAAAUUAUGUGAAGCUCAAGGAGGAGUUUGAGGAGUUUGGUCAGAGGGAUUCCAGUGACUGGUGUACACAAGCCUAAAAUGAGGAUCUGCUGAGAGUCAAGCUGGACAAGUUGGGAGCCGUGCAGUGCAGCGAGUGCAUGACCCCGGGCGUGGCCGGGUGACCCCGUCCCAAUGAUGAAAGGCCUGUCCAGCAGCCGCAGCCAUCACCAUGUGAUGGCCUGCGACCCCUCCUAUGACCCGCUGGGUCACCACGUCGAGCGCAAGCCCUACCUCAUCGGCCAGAUCGACGCCCCGCCCCCGCCCGAGCACCCAUAUUACUCGUCGCGGGGCUCGUAUCAGCCGGACUGCGUGGUGCCUUAUGGGACCUUUCCCCGCCGCCACUACAUCCCCAGCCACGACUCGAAGGACGAGUGGGCCAUAGUGCCCUACGUGGGGGGCGGGGGCGGUGGGAUGGGGGGCCCCAAGAGCCCGCGUGGCCCCGUCAACCUGCUGGAGCAGCUGGACCGGCAGCUGCCGAUGGCGCGCGACGGCUACCACACGCUGCAGUACAAGCGGGCGGCUGCGGCGGCCGCCGCCCUGGAGCAGCGCAGCGACAGCCCCGGGCGGAUCCGGCACCUGGUGCACUCCGUGCAGAAGCUCUUCACCAAGUCGCAUUCGCUGGAGGGCCCGCACCACGCCACGCACCACGGCAAGGGCGCCCAAGGCACUAAUGGCGGCAAGGCCAGCCCGGACGGCGAGGGCACGCCCGCCCGCCCACGUCGCCGCAGCAAGAGCCGCGAGCGCUGCAAGUCAGCCGAGCCCAAGCAGCGCGCCCCGCCCUCGGGCUACUGGAGCUCGGACGAGCCGGAGCGCGACGCCUGCCUGCUCCGCCAUGCCCCGCCGGGCGUCAUGACCGUGGGCCGCCACCCAGACAAGGCGCAGGCGCAGUACUUCCCGGAGGCAUACGCCGCCGCUGCGGCGGUGGUGACAUCGCCGGGCGAGCAGGUGUUGAAAAGCUCGCGCAGCAGCAACGACGUGGCCCGCUGCUCCACGUGCGCCGUGGUGCCGCUGGGCGCCGACGUGGCACCACUCAUGAAGAAGAGCUCCUGGUCGUCCUCUCUCACGGUGAGCAGGGCGCGCCAGGUGUACCAGAAGGCUGCUGUUAAUGUAGAUAAGGCGCUAGUGAAAGCAGAGGCUUAUCAGCAGGAGCGCUCAUGCCACUUCUUGCAGGUGCCUCAGGACGAUUGGGGCGGUUUCCCGAUGGGCAGGGACGACGAUAUUCCAUGCAGGCGCAUGCGCAGCGGGAGCUACGUCAAGGCCAUGGCAGAAGAUGAUAGCGGCGACUCAGACGGGAGCCCAAAGCCCUCGCCCAAGAUGCAGGCGCGACGGGCCAGCUACCUCAAAGCCACCCAGCCGUCCCUCACGGAGAUGACCACGCUGAACAUAUCUACAGAACAUUCUCCAAAACUACAGAUCCGGAGUCACAGCUAUCUGCGUGCGGUGAGUGAGGUUUCCAUCAACAGAAGCAUGGAGAAUCUGGACCCCAAGGCUCUCCUCGCCUCGCCCCAGUACCGCUCACGCAACGAGAGCUACAUGAGGGCUAUGAGCACCAUCAGCCAGGUGAGCGAGGUGGAGGUGAACGGGCAGAUCGAGGCCGUGUGCGAGAGCGUGUUCAGCGAGCUGGAGUCGCAGGCCGUAGAUGCCCUGGACCUGCCCGUGCCGGGCUGCUUCCGCAUGCGCAGCCACAGCUACGUGCGUGCCAUCGACCAGGGCUGCUCGCAGGACGACGACGGGCCGCUGCUCCCCGCCUCACCGCCUCGCACCACCACCACGGUCAGGACCAUCCAGAGCAGCACAGUGUCGUCGUGCAUCACCACGUACAAGAAGACACCCCCACCCGUGCCGCCGCGCACCUCCACCAAGCCGUUCAUCAGCAUCACGGCGCAGAGCAGCACGGAGUCGGCGCAGGACGCCUACAUGGACGGGCCGGGCCACCGGGCCGAGAGCGGGCUCCACUCGGCCCUCAGUAACUCCACGGAGAGCAUCGACAGCAUGAAGGCGCUGACGGCGGCCAUCGAGGCAGCCAACGCGCAGGUGCACGGCCCCGCCAGCCAGCAUGUGAACAGCAGCGCCGGCAUCAUGGGGCCCACACACACACCUCUGCCCAUACCUGUGCCGGUGCCCAUGCUGCCCCUACCUCUGCCCGUGCCUGUUCCCAUGCCCACGCUCGACGAUGGACACCGGGAGGCACUGCGGAAGGGCAGGUGCCUGUCCAUUGGCAUCCAGGUGGACGGCCCGGAGGAUCAGCAGGAAGAGGACCAGUCAAAGUUCCAGUCUGUAGGGGUCCAAGUUGAAGAGGAGAGAAGCCACCGGCGCUUCACGCGCUCCAACAGCGUGACCACGGCGGUGCAGGCCGACCUGGACGGCCCAGACUACCCCAUGGCCGAGCCCCUGGACGUGAGCCUGCCGCCGCUGGGCUGCCUGCAGCGGCAGUACUCCCGCGACGCUUCCGCCUCCACCGUCAGCAUCCAGGGCUCGGGCAACCACUACCAUGCCUGUGCGUCCGAUGACUACGAGGACGUGGGCUUUGACCCCUCCAUCCUGCCGCCACCGGACCCCUGGAUCGACAGCGUGACCGAGGACCCGCUGGAGGUGGUGGGCCACUCGGUGUGCCAGCGCGAUGGACGCUGGUUCCUCAAGCUGCUGCAGGCCGAGGCCGAGCGCAUGGAGGGCUGGUGCCGGCAGAUGGAGCAGGACGAGCAGGAGAACGAGCUGCCCGACGACAUCCUGGGGAAGAUCCGGAGUGCGGUCGGCAGUGCGCAGCUGCUGAUGUCUCAGAAAUUCCAGCAGUUCCGGGAGCUCUGUGAGGAGAACCUGAACCCGAACGCCCACGCACGGCCCGCAGCGCAGGACCUGGCCGGUUUCUGGGAUAUGCUGCAGCUGUCCAUCGAGAACAUCAGCCUGAAGUUUGAUGAGCUGCACCAGCUCAAGGCCAACAGCUGGAGACCCCUCGAGCCCCCCGAGAGAAAGGAGAGGAGGCUCCCCCCACCCGUGCCGAAGAAGCCCCCCAAAGCUCACCCCCCGCUGACCCGUGACCGCUCCCUCGAGAGCACAGAGAAGCAGAGGCAGGAGGCACGCAGACGCCUGAUGGCGGCCAAGAGGGCGGCGUCGGUGCGCCAGAACUCGGCGACAGAGAGCGCGGAUAGCAUUGAGAUCUACAUCCCCGAAGCCCAGACCAGACUCUGAGAGCUCACACGUGCACACGUGCACAUGCGCACACAACAACGCACGUGCUCACAUGCAGGCGGGGAUGCGGACGCUCUCUGGGCGGUGAAACACACAGAUACACCUCGCCGGUCUGUUUUCAUGAAAGGGUGGCCAGAACUGUGCACUGAUACACACAUACACACACAUUGUGAACCUAGCUGGGAACAACACUUAAGUAUUUCUAUAUUCACAGUUCAAGGUUAAGCAAUUGCUGACAUACAUCUUAAUACAUACCGAGGCAGGGUUCAGACACUUUGUCUCAGCUAAUCUAUGUGUGUGAGCUGAGUGUCAUAUUUAUACAACAUUCCAUCAAAUGCCUUUGAAACACUGCGCCUCAUUUAUCAAAUGUAAUCAAAAGUAUGAGGGUCUUUUUUUAACACAAAAACGCAGGCCGCGCAAGAUCAGGAUUCAGUUAUGGAGGCUGGGCAAUGUGACCCGCCAGCCAAUCAAAUGAAUGCAUGGUCACGUGGUGCAGUGGAACGCGUGAGCUUCAGUGAUGCGUGUCCUGUGGACAGAAGUAGACACCCAUCUUGCCUUUAGCUCCGGGACCGAUGCUGCUUUUAUUUAUUUAUUUAUUUUGAAUGCGGUUUUUUUUGAUUAAUGAGGCCCAUUGUUCAUGCUCAGACCUCUUAGUUUGUUAUGUUGCACCAAGUGAACACACAUUUUAUCAUACACAUGCUUAAGUAGUUAACGCUAACACGCACACACUAACAUGCAUAUAUACUGGCACUGAACAAAUUGGCAGGGUGUUUGUAUAUUUGUGAUCUACAGUUAAUUCUCACUGCUACAAGGAAUCCACAGGAGGUUUUUGAUGUUAAUUGGGGUUUUUUUGCUUGUUUUUUUUUUUUUGUUUUUUCUUUUUCUUUUUUUAAUCUCCACAAUUGUUCCGGUCUCUCUACUGCUUCCGUGAUCAUAUUUACAGCCCUUCUACUCCAUAUGUAAAGUUAGGCCCUAGACCUCCCCUCGAAAGUGCCACCUUGUCCACCAGUGUGAUGUAGUGACCCUUUGGCAACGUUGACCCCGCCCCUGCCUACCCCGUUGCUACGCCCCCUCCUGCCUCAGCAGAGACAGACUGCUCCAUUGGUUGGCAGCAACAGUGCACUUGUGGGUGAAGCCCAGUGGGUCUGGCACCGCGUGGACGACUUCCUCCUCUCUUCCUGCCUUGCUGAGCCUUCCGGACCACCUCUGUCUGCCACACAGCCAUGCAACAUCACUUUACUUUUAGUUAUCAGCCUCCCUCGGCCUUGCUCCCUCUCUCUCUCUCUCUCUCUCUCUCUCUCUCUCUCUCUCUCUCUCUCUCUCUCUCUCUCUCUCUCUCUCUCUCUCUCUCUCUCUCUCUGUGUGUCUCUCACUGUGUCUCUCUCUUUUACCGUAACGUAUGGGUAGGAAAUGGCAGCAGAACAGGGUACGUUAUGAUAAAAGCAAUAUUCGUUCUGAAUUCGAACAAUCAGCGAUACACUGUAAUACUAUGAUAUGGAGGUCUUUUAUUUGUGAAAGUUGGAUUACUGCUAAUGGAAGAAGAUGCCUUCAGUAUUCUGUAGCCACUUCUGUUUCCUGUACUGAUGCUUGCUAUUGUAAACGCUUUUAAGUGAUAUCCCUCUUGACCAGGUUGUUCUCCAUGGUAAACCCUCCAGUCAUGUGAGAUGUUUAGCUCCAUCACAUUCUUUACUGUGUAAUAUACAAAUUAACUUCCUUUUGGAUGUAGAGGGUGGAUGGUCUGCCAAUAUCUAGGGUAAGGGGCUACUCAGGUGACCCCUGCCUGCCAUCCCUCCCAAAAAACAAGAAACAUGAACCUAAAACAAGAGAUGAAAACUGCUGAAAAUGCAGGUUUUUCAUUGUAGUUGACUAAUUAAUGUCUUUCCAGUAGCAAGUUCAGUGACUUAAAUUUUGUUGUUCUUAUAAUGCCAUGCUUGGAAACAGGGAGAGGCUUUUUUGUAUGCUGUAUUUUUGCCCAUGGGGGAGUGGCUCUCUGAGAGGAUCCUGUGACUCAGUGUGUCCAAUCCUCCCAGUUGGGCUGGUCUUAGCAUUAAACUCUCAGGACGAUAGGGGGAUACAGUGGGCGCAGCAAAAUCAGGGUCUCCCAAUGAUGGUGUUUUUGUGUUUUUGUGUGUGUGUGUGUGUGUGUGUGUGUGUGUGUGUGUGUGUGUGUGUGU